UUCACACGAUUUAUUUUUCAGGAUUUCGAUGAUUGCCUUUCUUCAAAUGAACUUCAAAGUUUGUUUAGCGUUUGCCCAUCAAAUCCUUGGACGGAAGAAAUGUUACAUGCUGUGGAAUCCAAUUCACUUGGAUGGAUUACACAUAAUGGGUACAUCAAUUUAUGGACUCUCAACUUUGCGCUUAAUCUUUCACAAGCAUUGGAGCAUUUGGCUUAUCUUGGAUUCAACAUCAAAUAUCAUAGCCAAAAAGAUGCAAUAACAAUAACUAGAGAUAGGAGGAUGGAUAUAGAAGAAAAAUCGACCAAAAGACGUGUAUUCAGGUGCCAUGUUAUAGGUCCAAAAGGCGCUGGGAAAACAGUUUUUUGCCGUUCUUUUAUUGGAAAAACCAUUGAAGAUAUUGAUAAGAUGACAAGAAAGCAGUUUAUACCAUACACAAUCAAUUCAGUUCAAGUUAAAUCUGAUGUUAAACAUCUUCUGAUUCAUGAGGUGGAUGUUUGUUCACAAAAUGAAUUGCUGUCAAAUCAAGAGAAGACUGCGGAUGUAAUUUGUCUUUUGUAUGAUUCUUCAAAUCCAAACUCAUUCGCUUAUUGUGCCGACAUUUAUUUGCGUUAUUUUAACCGGACCAAAGUACCCUGCCUUUUUGUUGCAACAAAAACAGGAAAAUAUACUAAAGAUCAAAACUAUGAGUACCAACCAGAAGAUUUUUGUCGGGAACAUCAACUACCUAAGCCGCAAUAUUUUUCUAAUGCAGAUAUUGGAAAUCCUUCAGCUGAUGUCUUUUUUCAGUUAGCAACUAUGGCAACAUUUCCGCAUCUAAAAAAGCUAUACUUUGCGAAAGAUACUUAUGCACAUUUAUUUUCGCUUGCUGCUGUUGGAGGAAUUGUUGCACUAUUUGGAUUUCUCUGGAUUAAAUCAACCAGAGGAUAA